AUGCACCAGAAGAAAAGCCUGAAAAAAACAUAUGACCACGAUUUAGAUGAGUUUAGACAUGUACUAAAGAAAUGUGAUGAUAUAUUUUUCGAAAUUUAUGAUAAACCACUAGAGGAAUAUGUAAAGGCAGGGAUGCACAACAUAGGAGAAAUUUCUCAAUUGCAUAAAGAAUAUCUAUUAAAAUUGGCGAAAGGUAUUGACUUUGAAAAUGCUUCUAAGCCUUUUGGAGUAGCAAAGAAAAACUUUGAAAUGAAAAGUGAAAAUGAAUUACGCGGAACGCUAUAUUUUCAUGAUUUGAUGAAUAUUCCUUUAUUUGAAUUUUUAAAUAAUACGACGGUGGGUAAUUUAUCUCUGGCAAAGGAACUUAUUUUUCUAAGGAAAAAUGUGAAAUUCGAAAUUUUGAGGAUACAAAAAACAAGGGCUAUACGAGAAAAAAAUAUGGAAAACCGUUAUGUAGUUGAACGGUUAAAACAGAUAAAUGCCACUAGACAUUUGAAUUAUGCCGAAGGAAAGAAGAUAAUAGAUAUAAUUAUUUACCAACUAAGGAAUAUGUCUUAUGCUAUUGUAAUACUUAAGCCAUUAAAGAUUAUAGUUCUUCGAAAAGAUGUGAUAGAAUAUAGGGAGUUUUAUAUUGCUUCAGGUUUACUAAAUCGGUUAAUAGCUUUACUGGAGUUUAUAGAAUAUAAUUCACAAUUAUGUCAUGAAUACUUUAAGACAUAA